UCUGUCAGGUGGAGGUGGUUGAGGGGGUGGAGUCUUUGGAGCUGCCCUUCAAAACCUCAGGAAACCUGCCUGAAGAUGCUGUAGUGGUGUGGAGGGACAGUGAAGACAGGAAGGUCCAUGUAUAUGAGAACGGCUCUGGCCAGCCUGAAGAACAGCACCACGAUUACAAGGACCGAACAAAGAUGGAUGAAGACCUGCUGGGAACUGGAGACCUCAGUCUGACCCUGAAACAGCCCACAGAGAGAGACAGUGGAGAGUAUAAUUGUAUAGUCAACAGCAGCAGUAUCAUCCAAUACAAAAUAAUCCGGCUGAAAGUCAAAGGGAGAGUUCAGGUCCAGGAUCAAACAGGGGACAUCAGGAACAGAAGCAGCUCCAUUGAUCCGACUCCUCUGAUGGCUGAUCAAUCAGUUUGAUCUGUGUGUUCUUUGAUUAUUGAUCAGUGAUGUCAGAGUGGAGUCAGUGUGAUGUUGUUGUUGUGUGUUUGAGACCUUUAGUGUCCAUGAAGGUCUCUGCUGCCAUAGAUCCUCUGAACUGUGACAGAGGUCUCACUCUGGAGGAAACUCUCAGCACUUUCCAGCAGCUCCUCCAUCAUGGAGGACGUUCCCUCACUGUAACAGGUGGAGGAGAGAGGAGAGGAAGCACAGGUGGAUCCUCUGAGGAAGAGGAGCAUUCCUACAAACCACAUGAUCACAUGACCAGAAUGGCAUAACUACAAAGUCAGAUUAAUGGGUUUGCAGGUGUCCUUAAAGUCAGAGUUCUCAGAUACAGAAAACUGUCACUCUUUUUUAUGUCACCAUGGGUGCAGAAUGAAACAGAAUUUUUAUGUCAUUUUUUUUGUUUUGUUUAUAUGUUUGAAGUAAAGCAAUAAAUCAAUAACACAUCAUUGUAGUAUUAAAGGAUCUCUCCAUGUGUUUCUCUUUAAACGUCAGUCUCACACAAAGCAGACCAGUGAUUUUACUUUACCUCCGUGUGACGUGUUGUUUGUAUGUCUUUUGACUUCAUACUGGUCAUACUGGGUCUUGUGCCAUUUUUGAGUUUUGGUUUUGUAUUUAUUCAUUUCUGCUUUUGUUUAGUUUUAUAAUGUUAUUUUGUAAUGUUGUUCUUUGUUUCUAUUAUGUUGAGUUCAUUAGUUUGAAUGGAGAUUUGGUGAUUCCCCACUGCAACAACUGGUAGAUUUAAGUGACAUCAGCCUUCGUCAAUGGAUAAUGGCUCUCUUACUGCAAAUAUGUUUCAGUGUUAAUAGUAUAAGUUAAAUAUCUGAAUGGGAUGCAGACCUGAUGUGGCCUGCAUCUGUCAUCUUCAACUCUUCUGGAUCCUGCUGUGCAGGUGGAAUCUGGUACAGACCCGGUUUGCUGAUCAGUUCUGGGUUUGGUGUGUCUGCUAUCUGGGUAGAUCCACUCAGACCGAUAUAGAUGAAAUAUAAAUAAAAAAACAAACAAUGUGAGGAUCAGGCUUUGCAUUUUAGACACUGUACCUUUUAGACAGCUGUUCAAAAACAAACACAGUUAAAGGUUUCAAAGUUAUUCAUGCCAGAGAUCAGAGUAAUACUCAGCUGGCUGUUCCUGUGUGUGAGUGUAUUUGUAUUUAUUCUGUUUUGUUUGUCCUAGUUUAUUUCCUCGCAUCCAUCUUUCCCCCUUGCUUGCUUCCUCUCCUCGGGCUUGUGUGUGCCUUCAUAGUAAACAUCUAGAUGUCUGCACUGUGCCACGCUGGUUUGCAGAAAAUAAUGAAAAUAAAAGAAGCAAACAACUGCACUUACUGUGAAUUUCAUCCAGUUAUCUGAUACAAAUUAUAAACUGUGAAUCUGCAACAAAU